AUGUCUUUAUUAAAACUUCUCCUACCAGUCAGGACCAGAUUUGCGGCAUUAUUGCCUAGUCUCAAUGGAAUAAGAUGUUACCACUCAUUUUAUCAUGUUGAACCACCAAUUGCCGAUCCUUGCACAAUUGAAAACAAAAUUCUUGACAAGGCAUACAAGGAGUUUGUCCCACAGGAAGGAUUUACAGAUCUUGCCGUGAAGAAAGGAGCCGAGGCAGUUGGGGUCAAUCCAAGUUCCUUGGGUGCAAUAUUCAACUUUACUACAGCUUCAAAAGAUACAGCAAUGGAAUUGGCACUUUAUCAUUUGAAAUAUGCCCGUCAGCAGAUGAUCGAAGAGAACAAAGUGCAGGCCUCAAAGAUUUUUGACGAGGGCGAGAGACUUAAAUUCUUGAUGGGGAAAAGACUACUUUUAAAUAAGCCAAUCAUCAACAAUUACCACCAGGCACUUGGGAGAAUGAUUCUUCCAACGAACAUUCCAGAGUCCUUAAAAGAACUUCACAACCUUGCGGAUGAUCUCUCAUAUUAUGCCGGUGACAAAUCUACUGAUUUUGCCUGGUACUCUAAGAGAUUUGCUGUUGCUGGUACUUUUGUGCAAUCCGAGCUUUUUAUGCUUGCAGAUAAAUCUAAAAACUACCAAGACACACUUCAGUUUGCCACUGACAGAUUGAACGAGGUCUUCAAGUUGGGAAAGGCCUACAAUUCGUUUGAGGAGUGGGUUCUUUUUAAUGGAAUCAGCACCCUCAACUUGAUCAGAAGCCAGCUUGUCAGAGGCUGA